UUAAUUGACAAAAAGAAAAAAAUAUGCUGCCCAAAUUAAAAAUUUCGGCCUUCUUACUUAAGCGGCUGGAACGCGUGAAGCAACAGAGCAGUGGCUGUUUAUAUGGAGUUUUCUAUGGUGACGGCACAUUACUUUUACUUAGUUUUAACCUGUCCAAUGUUGGGCAGCUGAACUAUGAGCAAAUCCAACACAGAUUCCCGGCCGAACUGGAUCUCUGCGGCCUGGUAAAGUUCGGCGAUUGUACGGAUGCCGAAGCGCAUCUGAAUGAGGUCAUCAAAUCUGUGGACAUCACGGACAAUCCCAUACUGUUGAAGUGCGAACUAGGCACCUUGGUAGGAAUGCGUGCCUACUUUUUUGUGCACGGCAAGCUGGAGGAAGUUCCCUACGAUGUGAUGGAGAGUGAGCAGCUCUACAACGACUUUUGUUUUACGCGUUUGCAAUGUGGAUUUUACUUGCAAACAGCUGCCACUCCUGAGUGUGUGGCAAAGGAGAUGCAUGUAUUGCGAAAGCGUGUAGCUGACGGCAACCUGGUGUUCAAUGUUCCACACACAAACAUUUACAUUAACAGCUGCGGACCAUUGGAUAAGAGACUUAGAGGUGAAUCCCUGAUACACGAUCUCUUUGAGGCCAUUCCCAUCCCAAGUGGCAAGGAGACUGUCAACGCUAUUAAGAAAGAGACCAAAUCAUCGGCUCAAACCCAGCUGGCCAAAUACUUCGGAGCCACUGGAUGUGAAUACGACCUAAUCAACAUUGACGUGAUGCGUAUUCAAACUCGUGAUCCUCUAGCUCGAGAUUCUCCGCCAAGUCCUGCUCUAAGCAUUGCCGUUACUACAGUAGAGCACACCAUCUCUCUGGUCCCAUUGGAAAUAGAUGCCAUGGCAAUACUGUGCAAGAACACCAAGCUACAGCGGCUGUAUGAUGUACUCAUCGAGAGCAUUUGCCGAGCCCUCAGACUGUUUGAGCAAAGCCUGAACGAGAAUUUGUCAGAGUCAGUGUGUGGAAGGCUUGCGGUUCCUAGGAGCCAUCACUUCUAUCCGCAGGAAUUCGGACACUUUUUGAGCUGCGCUUAUCUAGAGGGGCUGGGUGAUGAUGAGCCGAGCAUGCAGGAGAGGCGCAAGCGACUCCAUCGUCAGUUCUCUUUGCCGGUUACACGCCCGUACUUCAGAAGAGCCAACCAGUGCCACUUUCAGGGCGAGGUUGAUGAAGCUCCAUGGACUCCACUCCUAAACACACAUAUAGGUGUCAAGCCAAGUGCUGUUAAUGAUGGAAAGGAGUACCUAGUCAACGGCAACUAUCAUUACUAUCACUACCUGCAACAGCAGGUGCAGGAUAAGGGCUGGGGCUGUGCCUAUCGAUCUCUCCAGACCAUCUGCUCUUGGUUCGUGCUACAGGGCUAUUCAAAUGCACUCAUUCCAACACAUUUGGAAGUACAGGAGUACCUGCACAAAAUAAACGACAAGCCGUUUUCCUUCGUAGGAUCUUCCCAGUGGAUUGGGUCGACGGAGAUCAGCAUGUGCCUGCAGGGAUUUUUUAAAGUAGACUCCAAAAUUCUGCAUGUGGCCUCUGGAGCGGAACUACCCACAAUCGCAUCCGAGCUGGCCAUGCACUUCCAAACCCAAGGCACGCCGGUAAUGAUUGGCGGCGGUGUCCUCGCCCACACCAUUAUCGGGGUCGAUUAUUGCGUACAAUCGGGGGAAGUGAAGUUCCUAAUUCUCGAUCCCCACUACACGGGUCCCGACGACCUGGCAACUAUACAAAUCAAGGGAUGGUGCGGGUGGAAGGGCAUGGACUUUUGGUCCAAAGGCAGCUACUACAAUCUCUGCAUGCCCCAGAGACCGAUAUUGUACUGAUCUCCAGAGAUCGAAGCUAUUCCAUUUGCAUUUAAGCAUGAUCUUUCACCAAGAUUUUAAAUGUCUUCAAGUGCUGAUUAACUUUGCAUAUUAGUUUGUGUGCAUUAGCUGUAUGUGCGUUCUUUUAUACAUGUAAACCAUUAUAUGUACGUAUAUCGUAUCUAAGAUGUGUAUCCCUUUUAUCUUA